UGGUGCCUUGCACUAUGCUUGUGCCCACCGAACGCCGCCUCCCUUAGCCCGAUCCCCAACUCUCAGCCUAUCAUUUGGGCUUAAUUGCAAGGUGCUUAACUUUUGUUUGCCAUCUUCCUUCCCCCAUCCGACUGUCUUCUCCUCUCCUCUGUGCGUGGGUGUUGUUUCUGCCUAGUCUUUCAUUCCUUGCCUGCUAAAGAGGCUAUAGUAGAAACAAAUCAUUCUUUGAGUGUGGGGUGUUUUCGCGUAAAUUGUAGUAGUAAUAGGGCAUGCUGAAUGAAGAUGAUGGCUCUGAAACUCAAUCCUCCUACAGCCCACGCGUUUUCCUCAAGGAUGAUAGGAAAUGUUCAACGGUUAGAAACCUUUGCAUCAGGGCUUCAGUGGCUUCGUCAGCACCACCACAAAGUUUGCAGGUUGCUGAAAAUAAAGCUCACAACAAGUCAGACAAAUUCCGAAUAGGUGUGCUUGGAGCUAGUGGUUAUACUGGUUCUGAGAUUGUCAGACUCCUUGCAAAUCAUCCACACUUUAAAAUCACACUAAUGACUGCGGACAGGAAAGCUGGUCAACCAAUCGGUUCAGUUUUUCCUCAUUUGGUUACACAGGAUUUGCCAGAUAUGGUUGCUGUUAAAGAUGCCGACUUUUCCAGUGUUGAUGCAGUAUUUUGUUGCUUGCCGCAUGGAACCACUCAGGAAAUCAUUAAAGGUCUUCCAAUCAGUUUAAAAGUUGUUGAUCUCUCUGCGGACUUUAGGCUACGAGAUAUUGGUGAAUAUGAGGAAUGGUAUGGUCAGCCUCACCAGGCACCAGAGUUGCAGAAAAACGCUGUAUAUGGUUUGACUGAGAUUUCUAGGAAAGAAAUUCAAGGUGCACGCCUAGUUGCUAAUCCUGGAUGCUACCCGACUUCUAUUCAGCUUCCUCUUAUUCCAUUGUUAAAGGCAGGUCUCAUUGAAGUCAAAAAUAUUAUUAUUGAUGCAAAAUCGGGUGUUAGCGGAGCUGGACGUGGCGCGAAGGAGGCAAAUUUGUACACUGAAGUAGCAGAAGGAGUACAUUCUUAUGGCAUCGCCAGGCAUCGGCAUGUUCCAGAGAUUGAACAAGGAUUAUCAGAUGCCUCAAACUCAAAAGUGACUGUUAGCUUUACUCCACAUUUAAUGCCAAUGAGCCGGGGUAUGCAAUCGACCAUCUAUGUGGAAAUGGCUCCUGGAGUGUCUACAAUGGAUUUGUACCAGCACUUAAAGAGCUUCUAUGAGGAUGAAGAAUUUGUAAUUUUGCUGAAGAAAAACGAAGUUCCUCAUACUCGACAUGUCAGGGGAUCCAACUACUGCCUUCUGAAUGUAUUCCCAGACCGAAUUCCAGGACGAGCAAUAAUUGUAUCUGUGAUUGAUAAUCUUGUAAAAGGAGCUUCUGGUCAGGCCCUGCAGAACCUUAAUUUGAUGAUGGGAAUUCCUGAGAACACUGGGCUCCUUUACCAGCCUCUGUUCCCUUGAAUUGUUUUUCCAUUUGAUUUUGAUGAUGAAGAAAAUAUAAAGUUGUAAUUCAUAUACUGUUCAUGUCAAAGGCAGCAUGGAUUUCAUAGUGUAUGAUCAACCGAACUUUUCAAUCUAAGUUGGACAUUGGACAUCAAAACUAGAGUUUGUUAACCGGUUGGAUCUUUCAUGAAUAAUGCUCGACAGUCGACUCGACUUGUAUUAGAUCAAAUUUUGGUUUAA